CAAAGCAGGAGGAAGUGGCCACUGGAGCUGUUUGUGUGUGACCCAGAAGCUGAAAUUGAAAAACAGAUAAACGGUCAAGAAUAUAACGGAAAUAAGAAAUAGCUUUUUUUUAAAAAAAAAAGAAACACGAAUUUGAAUUACUGUGCUGGGAAUACAUAUUUUAACAGGUAACAGAGAUAGACAGUGGCAUGUCAUGAAGGUGUUGUUGACGGGGUAGCUCUGCGGAAGGUGUGUUUAUCUACUCGACGCCGUGCUGUCGUAACUGAGAAAGAAAGGGGAAGAAUAAACUCGUUAAUUUUUUUCAACUCUGUCAGAAUCAGAUUGCUGAGUUCCCACUGCUUCUUCUACCAGCUGUUGCCAUGGCUAUCCUCUUUGCAGUAGUAGCCCGUGGUACAACAAUCCUGGCAAAGCAUGCCUGGUGUGGAGGCAACUUCCUGGAGGUGACCGAGCAGGUACUGGCUAAGAUCCCCUCAGAGAACAACAAGCUCACCUACUCACAUGGCAAUUACCUGUUUCAUUACAUUUGUCAAGACAGAAUAAUUUUCCUUUGUAUCACAGACGAUGACUUUGAGAGAUCCAGAGCGUUUAAUUUCCUCAAUGAGAUUAAGAAGCGCUUCCAGACAACGUACGGCUCGCGGGCACAGACGGCACUGCCCUACGCCAUGAACAGCGAGUUCUCCAGCCUGCUCGCAGCUCAGAUGAAGCACCAUUCAGACAUCAAGGGCUCUGACCGCGUGACGGAGACUCAGACCCAGGUGGAUGAGCUCAAAGGCAUCAUGGUCAGAAACAUUGAUUUGGUGGCACAGAGAGGAGAAAGACUGGAGCUGCUAAUAGACAAGACAGAGAGCCUGGUGGAUUCAUCCGUCACGUUCAAAACCACAAGCAGGAACCUGGCCCGGUCAAUGUGCAUGAAAAACUUCAAGCUCACCAUUAUAAUAGCGGUGGUAUCCCUUAUUGUGAUCUAUGUCAUCGUCUCCGCAGCCUGUGGUGGGCUCAGCUGGCCAAGCUGUGUCAAAAAGUAACAGGCAGAGGAACGCACCAUAGCAUGAGGCCCCCAUUGAGGGAACAGAACUGUACAACCAACCGACUGAUAACCAGUCUUGGAGCUCAUCC